UCUUCUGAGUUCACAAAGCAACACAGACCACUUACAAAAUGAUGAAGCUGGUGGUGUUGUCCUGCCUGAUGGCCGCCGCGUCUGCUGGCAUUAUCUCUGCUUACUCUCCCUACGCUGCCUACGGCGCCAUCGCCUACAGUGCGCCCAUCAUUGCACCCAACAACUACCGUGGGCCUCUCUCCCUGGCCCCUGGGCAGCCCGCCAACCUCUUGGGUGCUGACGGCAGGCCUUUGGACACCUUGGACGUCAACCUGGACCGCGCUGCUCACUACAACACCAAGGCUUUCGGCGGAAUCCACCUCCUGAAGAAGCGCUCCGCUCCACUAAUUGCUGCCGUGGCCCCCGUUGCCCCCGUGGCCCGCGUUGCACUGUCUAGUCCCGUGAUCGCCUCAGCCCCGAUCGCCUACUCAACCCCCAUCGGUACCCCAUACGGUGCCUACUACGGUUCCCACCUCACAUACGCCGCUCCCUACCUUCACUACUGAAAAACAUGUGUAAAUAUGAAAUGCAAUAAAUCGUAGGUUCACCAA